GAUGGCACUGGGUUAUGCCGAGACUCACUACAGCCCUACUGGAGAGCAAAGAACUAGCUAUCCUGACCACAAGUCGCACUGUUUGUACCAUGGCAAUGUGAAAGGCUUCAAACACUCCAGUGUCGUACUGAGCACGUGCAGAGGACUCCGGGGUUUGAUCAUUCUAAAUGUGAACCUCAGUUACUUGGUGCAACCCCUUGAAGAUAGCCUUGACCAUCACCUUAUCUAUAGGACUGAACACGUAAAACUUAAAAGAGGGACAUGUGGACAUCAAGAAAGCAAACAUGAGGAAAAUUGGGUCAAAGAUUUCACCAGCCAAUUUCAUCCAGCACAUCACCUGUUUCAGAAGCAUAACUGGGACCUGGAGAAGACCAAACUGAAAUUGAAGGAAACUGUGAACUAUGUUGAUAAGUAUUAUAGGUCUCUGAAUAUCAGGAUUGCCUUGGUUCACCUGGAGGUGUGGACUCAUGAGAACAAGUGUGAUGUGAGAGAGGAUCCCUACAUCACGCUGUGGUCCUUUUUAAAGUGGAGACGGCAGACACUGAUCCGAAAGAAGCAUGAUAAUGCACAACUGAUCACGGGGAUCUCCUUUAAUGGCACGACGAUUGGGUUUGCACCUCUGAUGGGCAUGUGCUCAGAUUACCAGUCAGGAGGGGUCAAUAUGGAUCACUCGGACAGUGCGAUCGGAGUUGCAGCUACCAUGGCACACGAAAUGGGACACAACUUCGGGAUGAGCCAUGAUGCUGAUGGCUGCUGUACAGCUCGUCCAGAAGAUGGAGGAUGCAUCAUGGCCGCAGCCACUGGUGACCCAUUUCCCAAAGUCUUCAACAAAUGCAAUGAGAAGGAGCUUCAGAAAUAUCUGAACAACGGUGGAGGGAUGUGUCUCUUCAACAUGCCUGACACAAACACUCUGUACGGGGGGCGAAGGUGCGGGAAUGGCUAUGUGGAGGAAGGCGAGCAGUGUGACUGUGGAGAAGUUGAGGAAUGCAACAACCCCUGUUGCCAUGCUAAUAACUGCACCUUGAAAAGGAAUGCUGAAUGCGCUCAUGGAAUCUGUUGUGAGAAGUGCAAGUUAAAAGCUCCUGGCACUGUCUGUAGGGCAUCAUCGGGACCAUGUGACCUACCUGAGUAUUGCUCUGGCAACUCCGAGUUCUGUCCAGCCAACUUCUACAAAAUGGAUGGUGCCAGCUGUGAUGGAGGACAGGCCUAUUGCUACAAUGGGAUGUGUCUAACUUACGAUAGCCAGUGUGUGCUACUAUGGGGCCCUGGGGCUCAGGCUGCUCCAGCAGAAUGCUUCAAGAUGGUGAACAAUGCGGGGGACACAUACGGAAACUGUGGCAGAGGUCCUGGAGGAAGUUACCGCAAAUGUGAGACCAGGAAUGCCAAGUGCGGGAAAAUACAGUGUCAAAGUGCAGCCCAGAAGCCCCUGGACACAAAUGCAGUUGCCAUAGACACCACGAUAAUCUUGGAGGGGAGGAAGGUGCAGUGCAGAGGAACCCACGUGUACAUGACUCCAGAGCUGGAAGGGGACAUGCUGGAUCCAGGGUUGGUCAUGACUGGAACAAAAUGUACCGAGAAGCAUAUAUGCUUUGAAGGGCAAUGUCAGAAUGCUUCAUUCCUGGAGGCAGAUGAAUGUAUCGCAAAAUGCCACAACCAUGGGGUUUGUAACAACAAGCAUAACUGUCACUGUGAGCCGGGCUGGGCACCUCCAUUCUGUAACAAGCCAGGGUACGGUGGCAGCGUGGAUGGUGGAGUUGGAGCGCCAGACUACAACAGCCUGAUUGUGGUGGGAAUCGUGGUGCCAAUUAUAUUGUUGCUGUGUGGCAUUGCAGUAACUCUGCAUUACUGCUAUCGACGGAGACACAACAUCUCUCCGAAGGACAUCAGGAACCUAGGGCCUAAUGACAAACAAUUCUGUGAUAAUAACGUGGACCAGAAAAUUAAAAACGGCCAUUCAAACCCAACCUUCCAAAUCCGAAACAAAGAUACAAAGAAUGGACCGCAACAGAGUCCUGCAUUGCCUCAAAAACCACUAUUACCUCACUCUCUUCAUUCUCAGCGUCCUGUUUUAAUACUACCAAGUCUUCGGCCUACCUCUCCAACCAAUGAUGGUCAGCAGGACAGCAGAGUGCCCACCCCUAUUGCAGCACGGGUUUAUUCUCCAGCAUCUUUAGAAUAUGCCAAUAUUAAACCCUUAAAACAAACACCUCCUAAUAGACCCUUGCCAGCAGAUCCACUCCCAAAGACUUCAAAGGUUUUACAGAGAGUAGCAGUGUACAACAGUAACUCGAGCCUCCAGAUGAAUAACAAAACUGCUCGAGAGAAGCUACAGGAGAACAUAGCUCAUUUUGAAACCAACCCAUACAAAAGGGAACACGUACAACCUGUGCCACAGAAACUGAGGAGAUAAAGGCUAUGGAGAGACACUCCUGGAACUCUUCAAGAGCCGCUUGCACUAUCCUGAUCUCUGUUGUCUUAGGAUCUCUCGAUAUCAAUGCUAACCGAACAAUGAAUGUGACAUCCAUUUCAAUAGCACCCUAAAUAUAUUGGAAACAUUUGUUUUUACAAUGAGCACGGUCAAACUUGCAAUUCAAAACAAUUCAUCUCAAGUAAUUCUUUUGAUUAAGCAUUUUCAGGAGAUGGGAACAAAUUCCUCAGGAGCUUGAAAGACCAAUUUUUGUUUCCAUUCAGUCAUUCUGUGCUAAAACAUAAAUUAAUCCCUCAGGUGACAGGGUUCAGUGGGUGCCUUCCAUCUCCUUAUACCUGCCAGCAGAUGCCAUUCAGCAGGCUUGAGCUGGAAUGAUGCGAUUUGACGAGUUAUUCGAUAUUAAGGAAUCGCACACUCCACUUCGAUUGCUCGACUUCCAGUUUUUGUAUUCAGUUGAGUUUAGGAAACUGAGGGAUGAUUAUAACAAGGUGUGUAAAAUGCUAAAAUCAUUCAACAGAACAAAACGUAGCCUAUGGUGAGAGAAUUGAGACCAAGUGGCCAUAAUCUUCUAAAUGCUUCCCAUUUCCAAUAACGAUCAGGGGAUAACCAUCAGGAGCAGAGAAAACUCUCUUAACAUCCCAGAAGUAGUGAUAAGUAUGGAAAUGGAUGGAAGGGAGGAACUCAGGAAAAUCUUAAUCACCAGAGAAGUGGCACUGAACAAAUAACGGAACUAUGGGCUGACAAGUGAUUAUGUCCUGGUGGACUUCAUCUUAGGGAGGAUAGAAGUUUGGUUGACCAAUGGGAAGUCGAGAGUAGGCAUAAAUGGGUCUUUUUCAGGUUGGUGCAAUAUAACAUGUGGUGUGACCACAGGGAUCAGUGCUGGGGCCUCAAAUAUCUACAAUUUAUAUCAAUGCCUUGGAUGAAGGGGCUGAAGGUAUGGUUGUCACAUUUACACAGAUAGGUAUGCAAUAGGUUGUGAGGAGGGCAUAAGGAGGUUACAAAAAGAUAUGAAUAGGUUCAUUGAGUUGUCAAAGAUCUGGCAAAUGGUAUAUAAUGUGGGAAACAUGAAAUUGUCCUUUUUGGAAUGAAGAAUUAACAGGAAGCAUAUUAUCUAAGUAGGAAAGAUUGCAGAGGCAUCUAGGUGCCCCUGUGAAUGAAUUGCAAAAGGUUAACGUACAGGCACAGCAAGUGAUUAGGAAAGCUAACAGAAUAUUCUCACUUAUAGUGAGGGGAAUUGAAUGCAAACAUAGGGAGAUUAUGUUUCAGUUAUACAGGACAGUGGUGAAACCAUAUCUGGUCUACAUUAUUCAUCCCAGGAAGGAUGUAAACUUGGUGAAAGCAGUUCAGAGAAAGUUUACCGUUGACCACGAACUGAACUGGACCAGCCACAUAAAAGGUUAGGAUCCUACAGCAAGUAACUCACUGCCUGACUGCCCUAAUCCUGUCCACCACCUGCAAGGCACAAGUCAGGAGUGUGAUGGAAAACUCCUCUGGAUGAGUACAGCUCCAACAGCAUUUGUGAAGCAAUACCAUUCUGGACAAAGCUGCCCACAUGAUUGGCACCCAAUCCACCACCUUCCACGCAUUCGCUCCCUAUAUCAGAGUGGCAGCAAUGUUGUAUUAUCUCUAAAAUGUUUGCAAUAACUCAAUAAGACCCUGCACCAGCAACUUCCAAACCCAUGACCUCUACCACUUAGAAGGAAAAUGGCAGCAGAUGCAUGGUAUCAGCGCAACUUGUAAUUUACCCUCCAAGCCAUAAUUCAUCUCACUUGGAAUACAUUGGCUAAUAGGGUGGUGGAAACACUUUCAACCUUGACUUUUAGAGGGGAAUUCCAGAAGUAAUUGAACCAAAAGAAAUUACUGUGCUGUGGGAAAAGGGUAGGGGAGUGUGACUAAUUGGAUAAUUCUACCAUCGGCGCAGCAUAGGCACAAUAGGCCAAAUGAAGGUAGGCAUUGUCACAUAUUACCAUUGAUUGUUGGAAGUGGUCUGUCUAGAAAAAUUGGCCUGAGUUAUAGCUGACACAUAGGUGGCAGGGAAAGUGGUGGGGGUGACAGAGGUUGAGAGAGGGGCAAAGAUUAAGAUGGGAAACUUGGACCCCGACUCCAGACUGUGCAUCUUUUGCAUGUUCCCCACCCAGAAGCCAGGUUUGAAUACCUAACCGGAUUGGAAAGAUUUUGGAGCACACUGCAGGAUCCAAUCCAUGUCCCUGUGCCAGGAGGCCUGAACCUGUAGCCCAGGGAUCUUUUUAGUUUGGGAUCUGGUUGGAGGGCUGGAGUCUGGCUGUGGGAGUGGGUGGGGAGUACUCCUGCUGCAAAGGGACUCAUGUCAUCACUAAAUUAUAGUUUCUGACCUGACCCAACCCACUCUUUUCUGAAUGUUAAAAUUCACCGCAUAAUGUCCCUUUAUAAUUGAUUCUUCCGUCUCAGUUUUCCGUCCUCACUUCGAGCCGCUGAAACUGAGAUGUGGUUCGGGGGCUAGUUCUCCCCUCUGAAUUAGAAUAUUGUAGCUUCAAGAUCCACUGCACAAACGUGAGCUCAUAAUUGAGGCUGACACUCAAGUGCAGUGCACUACUGAAGCAGUGUUGCUUUGUCAGAAGAUCUUUGUCUUUGAGAUGAAAUUCUAAACUAAGCUUCAGCUGCUCUUAUCAGAUGGACUCAUAUUUGGAACAGGCAAGUUCAAAUUGUGCCCUGAACCUCAUUUGAAAACACCGCAGUAGCUUCCUUUAAAAUUCCUCAUUCUGGUUUAGAAAUCCCCCUGUGGUGUCUCAUUUCCCUAAGUCAGUAACCACUUCCAACCAAAUGACUAAGAUUUCUGCAUUUGCUAAUUCUGGCCUCAUGACCAUCCUCAAUUUUAAUUACUUCACUAUUGGUAAUGAUGCCUGCACUUAACUGUCCCUAAACUCUUGUGAUUCUCACUCUAAAGCUUUUCAGUCUGCAUAUCUUUGCCUGUCUGAUGGUCCUUGAAACUUGCAUCUUUGACCGAGCACAUUUUGUUAUUUUACCACGUUAAAAGCUCUGUAUAAAUGCAAUUUGUCAUUGUGGUAGCCCAAUGGAUUUACUUGAUUCUAUCACAGUGUGUUCAUACUGUCAAACAGACCACUGGGUGCCUGAGGAGCCUAUGUAAUAUUAAUCAGUACAAGAAUGUAAAAAUUCAAGGUGAUGAUUCCUUAAUACACUUAAUAACUGACCUCAGUUGUUUGGACGAUGGGUAAUUGUUCUGAGCAGCUUUAGGAGUGGAUCUGGUUGACAGGAAAGGAAUCAGCUUGGAAGGCCCCACCAUGGUUCAAUGGCACCUGUUGGUGUGGAAUACUGGUACAAAGCUGACCCAGGAACAAAAACAGUAAUUGCUGGAGAAACUCGGCAGGCCUGGCAGCAUCUCUUUUUUUUUUAUUUAUUCACAGGAUGAGGGCA